CUGAGCCUGUCCCCACACAGUGGCUACCAGGACACCUCAGCACACACCUGCAUCCCUCAUGGGAGCCCACAUGCCACUGGUGCCAGCCAAGCUGCCCACUGUCUCUGCAAGGAGUCCUUGGGCCCUUGUGGAAGUGUUUUGCUUUCUGCUUCCAUUAAAAAUGAGCCUUUUCCUGCCUCUGCAACUCUGGGGAGGUCCCUUCAGUAUCCCCAGCAGCCCCUGGCUCCUCAGCCCCCUGCCAGAGAGCCCCAGGGCUAGGGGACCUCCUGCCAUCAAGAGACCUGGACACAUGGGGUGGUGAGCGCUGCUUCCCUCUCAGCUGAUGGUGGCAAAAUUCAGGACUCUGGGAAGGGGCUGGGGGGCUCCAGGUUUUCCAGGGUGCAGGAUGUUCUUCUGCCAGCUCACAGGGCCACAUCCUGACAGAGCCUGCCUGGCUGCGGGGCUGUGACAGGGCGCUGACAGGGUGCAGGGAGGAUGUGAGUCAGUUCCCAGGGGGCUUGGUGCUUCCCAGGGGGUUUCGGUGCCGACACAACACCGAGGGACACAGAACUCAUCCCGAGACUGGGUGUGAGGAUACAAAACCUGGCAGGGCACAUGAGAGCCUGGCAAGUCCUGGCACGAGCAGCCACCAGAGCCAGCUGCUCCGUUGUCAUCCUGGGGUGAUGUCACGGGUCAUGGUGAUGCCAUGAACUGGAUAGGGAAUGCCAGAAUGCCAGCCUUCCUGGGGCUACUUUGGGUCACCAAUGGGGCUGUUCUGGGUGACACUAGGGCUGCUGCAGGGGUUCGCAGCCAUCCCCUCUUGCCGUGGCUGGUGGUGCUCACCUGCCUGACCCAGCCACUGGCCAUUUCCUUUUCUUCCCUCUAAUUACACUGUCUGAAUCACCCAAUUAAAGCCAGCGCCCUUCACCUCCUGCCUGGCCACCAUGCCCACUCUGUGGUCCAGGUGCCACCCCAGAUGGCAGCCCCCAAGUCCCACGUACCCAUCCAGUCCCACAGGGAUGCCCCAGCAUUUCCAUGUCUCCCUGUCUGUCCUUUGCUGUGUCAGCACAGGGAUGGCUGUGCUGGCCCCACCCUGUCGCCCUGUGGGAUUUUUGGUUUCCCAAUGUGGGAAGGAGCUCAAAGUUAUGUCAAAACCCCCACGGGGGUGUCCGACUCAUCCUGCUUUGCCGGCACCUCCGCUGGGAAUAAAGCCGCCCAUCCAGCUGCCGGCAGGACAGAGGUGCUGCACGUUCAGAGAGGUAAGGACGGGUCUGGGCUCAGCUCCUUCGACUGCCAACCAGGUGGGACUGGGGUGAACUGGGGUGAGUUGGGAUGAGAAGUCGCCCCUUGCCCCAGCAGUGAGGGCUGUGGUGAAGUUUAAGGAUGUGGAACAACCUGGGGUGCCUGGAAUGCUGGCAGUGGUGGAUGGGGCUUGUGGGCAGAGAAGACAUCCUGGUGGGGGAGUGGAGCUGGGUGAUCCCUGGAGCUGGAAGAGGCAGACUCACAGCAGUGAGACAGGAUUUAUCUUCUGGGACUGGUGAGCUGGCACACUGCCCACACCAGCUCUGCAGCCUGCUCUGGGCAAUGCCCACCAUGACACACUGUCACACACCAGGACUUUGGAAGGAUCUACAUGUUUCUUCCUCUACUCCAAAUCCAAAACAGUGCUCCGAGUUCAUCUCCCAUCCCUGCACCCCUGUGACCCAGCAUCAAUUCUGGAAGAAUGGGGACUGUGACACUGGGAUUGCCCCUGCUGGCUGUGGCUCUCCUGUGCCCAGCCACUGCCAUGCUGCGCAUCGGUGCCUUCAACAUCCAGGCCUUCGGUGACACCAAGAUGUCCAACAAGGAAGUGGCAGACAUCAUCAUCAACGUCCUGCGCCGCUACGACGUGGUGCUGGUGCAGGAGGUGCGCGACUCCAACCUCAGCGCCGUCACCGAGCUCAUGGAGCAGCUCAACAGCGCAUCCACAUCCCCAUACGACUACGAGAUCAGUGGCCCCCUGGGACGGGAGAACUACAAGGAGAUGUACCUGUUUAUCUACAGGACAGAUGUGGUGUCUGUGGUGGACACCUACCAAUAUGAGGACCCCCAGGAUAUCUUCAGCCGGGAGCCAUUCAUCCUGAGAGUCUCAGCACCCAGCACCAGUAAGUGGAGGAACAAGUGGCCAUGGGUUGUGGCAUGGGGUGGCUGUGGGGCUGACAUCCCUCUCCCCCUGGCAGAGGUGAAGGAGUUUGUGCUGGUGCCUCUGCACUCGGCCCCACAUGAUGCUGUCGCUGAGAUCGAUGCGCUCUACGACGUCUACCUGGCCAUCAUCAACAAGUGGGGGACUGAUAACCUGAUGUUCCUGGGGGACUUCAAUGCUGACUGCUCCUACGUCCAGCCGAGCGACUGGUCAUCCAUCCGCCUGCGCACCAGCGACAUCUUCAAGUGGCUGAUCCCCGACAGCGCCGACACCACCGUGGGCAAGUCUGACUGUGCCUAUGACAGGAUCGUGGUAUGUGGCAACAAGCUGAAGAGAAGCAUCCUGUCCAACUCAGCUGGUAUCUACAAUUUCCAGCGUGCUUUGCAGCUGGACCAGGAGGAGGCCCUGGCAGUCAGUGACCACUACCCAGUCGAGGUGAAGCUGGCGGCCUGAGCUCCUCCUGCAGCCACAGACCAGGAUCCAGCUCCAGCUCCCACCACCAAUCCCCACGAAGGUGUUCCACUCAGCCCCAUCCACAAGCUGUGUGCAUGGGCUGCCCCAGAUCCCGGUCUGGAGAAGGAUGGGAGCUGGCUGUGCCCAGAGCCCCCAGCCCAGCAUGAACCAGAGCCUGGGAACAGGCCACCAGCCAGGACACUGCCACCACAGAGAAGCCAUGAACAAAGCAUCCAUCUCCUACCUCAUUGAAGAUUUAUUGACAAACCUCACUUCACGAUUAACUGCUGGACAGGAGGGAGGACAUCCAAGGACUGUCGGGCUCGGGCCACAGCACGUUGAGACCCUGUCCCUGUCCAUUCCUUGGGGGGCUGGGUGGGCUCUCCCUGCCCUUGGGGAAGGCAGCAGUGGUGUCAGGCACUCUACAGGCACAAAGGGAAGGGGCAGCUGGGCAGCCGUGGGAGCAGGUGGCACGUCACCGAUUGCUGCCACUGCAGGUGGCUUCGCUGUCAGACCAACAGCUACUGCAGCGUUCCAGAGGGUGACUCGACCUCCCAGGGAUCAGCUGGAUCCUCAGCUCUUCCUCUUCUUCAGCAUCU